AUGAAGACUUCUGCCAUUCUCUGCGCUGCCCUGGCCACCACGGCCUUGGCCCAGCCUCAUUUCAACGGCAACAAGCGCCGUCACGUCCACAACAAGCAUGCCAAGCGCGCCCUGGUCACCGAAUGGGUCACGGAGACCGCCUACGUUACUGAGUACUAUGAUGCGACCAGUACCGUCUGGGUCACCCCUGGUGCCGAGUCUGAGGAGCCUGAGCCUUCCAACACCAAGGACGCCCAGUUUUUCGAGCCCGAGAAGCCUACUGUUGCUCAGCCCACCACCACCGCCGCGCCGCCUGCUCCCGAGCCUAAGGUUCCUGAGCCCAAGGCUCCUGAGCCCGAGAAGCAGGAGCCCGAGGAGCAGGAGCCCCAGCCUCAGCCUAUCGCCCAGCCGGAGACAACUACCACCUACCAGGCCACCCCUCCUCCUCCCACCACCCCCACUCCCACUCCACUCCUACCCCUGAGCCCACGCCCGAGCCCGUCACGGAGGAGCCCACCGAGGAGCCUGCUCCUGAGUCCCCGGCCGAGGGGUCCAAGAGCUCCGACAGCGUCCAACGGCAACCCCAUGUGCGGUCAGACCAUCACCGUCAGCGCCAACGGCAAGGAAGUUGUUUGCACCGUCCGCGACAAGUGCAUGGGCUGCGAGCCCGAGGCCAUCGACGUGUCCAAGGCCGCCUUCCUCGAGCUCUUCGGCUCGCUGACUGCCGGUCGCACUGAGGUCAAGUGGUGGUUCAACUAA